CUAUCUAUAUGCUCUCUGCAGGCCGCCGUCAUCAUGGCUGACUGUUUAGACGCAAACAGCUGCGAUGACCUCGGAGCGUAGCCUUGUUGGCCUCAGCAAAGCGGACAAAAACUGAGACAUCAUGGAUUCUACAAUAAGAAAUGUUCUGGCAUUAUCAGCACUGAUCUCCCUGCCUCUGCUCGAAGCCUACUGCCCACGUCUGGCCCCUGACGCCAUAAGUGGGAAGGUUAUUCCGUGCCGCUACCUAUGCGUCAGGAUCAGUUUCUUCGAGUUGCCCUCAAUCAUCUUAUCAACAGAGCGGGAUGGAGUCCUUUGUUCGACGCUCCUGUUACGCCGGCGAGGAGUAUGCAAGAAUGGAGGAUGCUAUCCUUUUGAACCUGAGGGUCAAAAGCGCAAAGGAAUUUUCAGACGAGUAAUCACAAACAUCGACAAGUUCGCCUCCGGUUCCUACAAAAAAGCCAUCGAUAAACCAGGCACACAAUCUGGACCCAUUGUGUCCGUCAAUCCUUCCCUGCGCGGAAUCAGUUCGAAGGACACUGUGAACGGCACGUCGCCCCCUGCCAGCAGCCAACCGCCCAGCUCUUCAGUUUUACCAUCCAUCAGUAACGGCACGAGCUCCUUGGUCAGAUCAGUGGGCUCUGCACUCACGAGUAUCUGGGUGCAAGCGUUUCCUUUUAACCUCAAAGCCGGACCUCCCAGGCGGCCUACUGCUGCCAAUAAGACACCGUCAAGCACCCAUCAGCAGGAACCAGGUGAAUCGACAGCAACCAGCAGUGGCGGAACGAGCAUUGCCGAUGUUGGUGGAGCUGCACCAGUUGUGCCACCAUCGCCAACAGAGGGCAGCAGCAACCACAGCCCGCUUACAAACAAUCUCUUAGGGUCGAAACUUUUUAGCCGAAUUUCACGACUGUCCCCAACAUUAACUUUCACCAACAAAUUAUUGAAAUUACCAGGCAAAGGUUCAGCGCCAGCUGUUGUCACAGGGACUCCUAUUUCUCCCGUAGUUGAAAUAGACGCGAUAAAUGCGACGACAAUCAAGAAAGAAGUGCCUGGAGCAUCCGGUUCAACUACAGGAACAAUUUCAGUCAAGACCGGUGAAAGUCUGCCAACGGCGGUGCCACCAGCGCUUGGUAACACCAGUCAAAUAUCGACCCCAGCGGUGCCGCCAGGAUUGGGGUCUCGGAGAGUAAUACCCGGACUUUUGCCAGCAAUAGUAUUAGGGAGACGACUAGGGACACCGCUAGGCGGGAACAAGAGAGCAGGUAUUCUAGGGAGUCAUAUGCCUACCACAAGUGCCACUGACGUUCAAAAUUCACUGAAUACCAGUGAUGGAAUGACUGGUAUUGUGGGUGGAAUGUCGCCCCCAAAUGCGAACUCUGUGGGAGGUCCACCAGUAUCUGCUCCAGCGGCACCAGAUAAAAGCAGCAACAGAAACAUACCAUCAGGUACACUGCCAGCGUUACAAUCGCUUCGACUUAUAUCAAAACUUCGGAGCACUGCAGCAUUAAGAAGUGCUCUAAGUAAAUUGAAACAUAAAAGUUCCGAAUCCAGCGGUGCUCCGCUGGUCUCGAGUUCUCGUGCAAGUCAAAAGGUGACGGUAACGAAUGCAAUACCUGGAGCGUCAAGUGUUGCAACACCGGUGAAUUCUCCCGACGUUGAUCGAGGCAUGCCAGCCCUGCCAGCACUGACGGCAGAAGGCAACAACAAAGAUGUCCCAGCCUUAGGGACACCACAACGGUUGAGCUCACCCGGAACAUCAUUAGGACUUACGUCGACAAGAGCACCGGGUAAAAUACCAAGCACUUCACAUGGUAAGAAUCCAGGAUCAAGUAUGGUAGUGAAGAGCACGAACAAUUCCGCAACUGAAAUAGAUGCGGGAAGCGGAGCGAGUAAUAAUGAACUCUCUAUAAAAGCAGGUUCAACCCCCAGUACGUUUACAAACUAUGCAACUAGUUCAUCAAAUGCCACGCCGCUGACGACACCUGCACGCAGUGGUAACAAAAACACAAUAUCAGGCGCGCCUCGGUUGACUUUAUUAACAGGAACAACGUCCGAGCAUAGUACUGUACUGGCGGUAAACAAAAGCCCUAGUGAACUUCCAGAUGCGAAGACUCAAUUGGGCAUUUCUCCAGCGAACCCAAGUUUGGCGGUAUCUGGCACCGGUGUAGAAAAUCCGUCAGUAGCGACUAUAUCGACUAAAGUACAAGGUGAUGCUUCACUUGUACCGGGUGUCGAAAUUCCUGGAAGCCCUGCAACGCCUCCACAUUCUGCAAAACCAAGACAACGCGAGUAUCGCACACACUCCCGGUGCCUUCGAUGACGUCCGGAAGUUCAAUUACCCCCUCCGCAACGCCUCCAGUAACGGAAUUCAGUUCUGCCCGGGCAUCUGAAGUAGGGGGGUCGACCUUAAUCAAAACACCGCAUGAGACUGCUGUUUCAUCUGUUGAAGGUGUAGCAGGGAAGCAACCUGCAAAAGCUACACCAAGCCUUGGUUCUCCAGUAGGAGGCGCGGUGGUAAGCUCUUUGAGCACAGCAAUACGUGGCACAGAGGGAAGUAUUCCCCUAGGACCAACUGUAAGUUCAGUAUUACUGCCCGGCAGCACAUCAACAGUCUCAAGGUCUGAAGAAACGCCUGUUACUAGUGGCAAAUCGGAAGGAAUGUCAUCCCCAAUAUUAUCAAAGAUUCGAGGAUUCAGAGCAGCCAUCACUUCUCCAGUGACCGGUGGAGUGGGUGCACCUAGAAGACUUGUUCGCAAUUUCCUUGGCAUGGGAAUUCGGCACAGACUAGUCAGGUAAUGAUACCGACCAAGGUACGCAGGUACGACGUCGAGCUAAGUUUAUCCGAUGAAUUCAUGUGAGUUCUGUAAACGAUUCGGUCGGAACUGAUUCGUGCAUCUGCCCCAUUAAAUAUAAAUUCACGUUCAUCUUGGGAACCUUUUGACUUGUAGAAAGUACAAUCAAAUUAUACUGUCUUUGCAAGUUGAAAAAAACGGUCAUAAAUCUUUCCCGAUCAAUAAAUGUAUCCCUAAGUAAA